AUGAGAACACAAUACGAGCCCUUACUCCACACAUAUUCCAGGAGACGUCACAUACCAUCUAUGGAACCUGCACUAGUCCCUACUCCCCUUGCUUCUACGGACCCAGCUCCUCCACCACCUAUUGAACUAGCACCUGCCCAUCCCAUGUGCACAUGUCUGCGUAAUGGCGUCUCUCAGCCUAAAAACUACACAAAUGGCACAGUUCGAUACCCGAUCCCUCGUGCUCUUUUAAAUGCUUCCAAACAUCUAGCAUGGCGAGCAGCAAUGUCUGAAGAAAUCAAUGCCUUGUUGUGGAAUCAGACUGGGUCUCUUGUUCCUCCAACCCCCGCACAUACUCCAGUCGGUUGCAAAUGGGUCUUCUACAUCAAGCGUCACUUUGAUGGCAUUAUUGAAAUCUACAAGGCACGCCUAGUACCUAAGGGAUUUCAUCAACGCCGUGGCAUUGACUACUUUGAGACCUUCAGCCAUGUUGUCAAACCAGCCACAAUUCGCACUGUUCUCAGUCUUGCUGUUUCCCGCCGAUGGUCCUUACGGCAACUCGAUGUCAAGAAUGCCUUCCUUUAUGGGUUCCUUGAAGAAGACGUUCCGCGUGCAUGGUUUAAUCGUAUCAGCACCUUCGUCUUAUCCCUUAGUUUUUCAAGAAGUUUGGUUGUUUCUCAUGAUGGUGCUCUUCAUCUCAAUCAAAUCAAGUAUGUUCAUGAUUUGUUACACAAGAGUAAUCUCCUACAUGCCAAGCCCGCUUCCACUCCUCUUGCUACCAAGCCUGUUCUAACUGCAAGUGAUGGUGACUUGCUCACUUCUCCCACAAAAUAUCAUGAACUUGUAGGGAGUCUUCAAUACAUCACCCUUACCCACCCAGAUAUUUCCUUUGCAAUCAACACUGUGGCCCAAUUUAUGAGCUAUCCUCGCUCUCCUCACAUGGUUGCCAUCAAGAGGAUUCUCCACUAUGUUAAGAUUGACUUUGGCCUCCAUUUUACACCCCAGGGUCCUUCCACUCGUCUCAUCGUUUACUCAGAUGUCGAUUGGGCUGGGUGCCCAGACUCCCGCCGUUCAACAACUGGCUACCUCAUCUACUUAGGCUCCAAUCUUAUUUCCUGGUGCUCCAAAAAGCAGCCAACAGUUUCGCGCUACAGCGCGGAAUCUAAGUAUCAUGCUCUUGGGCAUGCCUGUGCCGAAUCUCUUGGCUCUGUUCUCUAUUACAUGAAUUGGGUGUUCGACUGCCUUUUCCAGUUCUCAUGA